GGGAGAGGGCGGAGGGGGAGGCGACGCGCGCCGGGAGGAGGGGGGACGCAGGGGGCGGAGCAGAGACAGCACCUUCGGAGAUAAUCCUUUCUCCUGCCGCAGAGCAGAGGAGCGGCGGGAGAGGAACACUUCUCCCAGGCUUUAGCAGAGCCGGCAGGAUGGCGACCGUGGUGGUGGAAGCCACCGAGCCGGAGCCAUCGGGCAGCAUCGGCAACCCGGCGGCGUCCACCUCGCCCAGCCUGUCGCACCGCUUCCUAGACAGCAAGUUCUACUUGCUGGUGGUGGUCGGCGAGACGGUGACCGAAGAGCACUUGAGGCGUGCCAUCGGCAACAUCGAGCUGGGGAUCCGAUCAUGGGACACAAACCUGAUCGAGUGCAACUUGGACCAAGAGCUCAAACUUUUCGUAUCUAGACACUCCGCGAGAUUCUCUCCUGAAGUUCCAGGACAAAAGAUUCUUCAUCACCGAAGUGACGUCUUAGAAACAGUAGUUCUGAUCAACCCUUCAGAUGAAGCAGUCAGCACUGAGGUGCGUUUGAUGAUCACUGACGCCGCCCGCCAUAAACUGCUGGUGCUUACCGGACAGUGCUUUGAAAACACUGGAGAGCUCAUUCUCCAGUCUGGCUCUUUCUCCUUCCAGAACUUCAUAGAGAUUUUCACCGAUCAAGAGAUUGGGGAGCUCUUGAGCACCACCCACCCUGCCAACAAAGCUAGCCUCACCCUCUUCUGCCCGGAGGAGGGAGACUGGAAGAACUCCAACCUUGACAGACACAAUCUUCAAGACUUCAUCAACAUUAAGCUCAACUCAGCUUCUAUCUUGCCAGAAAUGGAGGGACUUUCUGAGUUCACUGAGUAUCUCUCAGAGUCUGUAGAAGUCCCCUCUCCCUUUGACAUCCUGGAGCCCCCGACCUCGGGCGGAUUUCUGAAGCUCUCCAAGCCUUGCUGUUACAUUUUUCCAGGGGGCCGUGGGGACUCGGCCCUGUUUGCAGUGAAUGGAUUCAAUAUGCUCAUUAACGGAGGAUCAGAGAGAAAAUCUUGCUUCUGGAAGCUCAUUCGGCACUUGGACCGUGUGGACUCCAUCCUGCUCACCCACAUUGGGGAUGACAACUUGCCUGGUAUCAAUAGCAUGCUACAGCGCAAGAUUGCAGAGCUGGAAGAGGAGCGGUCCCAGGGCUCUACCAGCAACAGUGACUGGAUGAAAAACCUCAUCUCCCCUGACUUGGGGGUUGUGUUUCUCAAUGUACCUGAAAAUCUGAAAAAUCCAGAACCCAAUAUCAAGAUGAAGAGAAGCAUCGAAGAAGCAUGCUUCACCCUCCAGUAUCUAAACAAACUGUCCAUGAAACCAGAGCCUUUAUUUAGAAGUGUAGGCAAUACCAUUGAGCCUGUCAUCCUCUUCCAGAAAAUGGGAGUAGGUAAACUUGAGAUGUACGUGCUCAACCCAAUCAAAAGCAGCAAGGAAAUGCAGUAUUUCAUGCAACAGUGGACUGGCACCAACAAAGACAAGGCCGAACUAAUCCUGCCCAAUGGUCAAGAAGUAGAUAUCCCAAUUUCCUAUCUCACUUCAGUCUCAUCUUUGAUUGUGUGGCAUCCAGCCAACCCUGCUGAGAAAAUCAUUCGGGUUCUGUUUCCUGGAAACAGCACCCAGUACAACAUCCUAGAAGGACUUGAAAAACUCAAACAUCUAGACUUCCUAAAGCAGCCACUGGCCACCCAAAAAGAUCUCACUGGCCAGGUGCCCACCCCUCCAGUGAAACAGGUCAAACUGAAACAGCGGGCUGACAGCCGAGAAAGUCUGAAGCCAGCCACAAAAUCACCUUCCAGUAAAUCAGUGAGGAAGGAGUCCAAAGAGGAAGCCCCUGAAGUCACAAAAGCUAGUCAAGUGGAGAAAACACCCAAAGUUGAAAGCAAAGAGAAAGUGAUAGUGAAAAAAGAUAAGCCUGUCAAGACAGAAAGUAAGCCUUCAGUGACGGAAAAGGAGGUGGCCAGCAAAGAGGAGCAGUCCCCAGUAAAAGCUGAGGUGGCUGAGAAGCAAGCCACUGAGAGCAAACCCAAAGUCACCAAAGAGAAAGUGGUCAAAAAGGAAAUAAAGACAAAACCUGAAGAAAAGAAAGAGGAAAAGCCCAAGAAAGAAGUGGCUAAAAAGGAAGACAAGACGCCCCUCAAGAAAGACGAGAAGCCAAAAAAAGAAGAUGUGAAGAAGGAGAUCAAGAAAGAAAUCAAAAAAGAUGAGAAAAAGGAGCUGAAGAAAGAGGUGAAGAAGGAGACGCCUCUGAAGGAUGCCAAGAAGGAGGUGAAGAAAGAUGAAAAGAAAGAAGCUAAAAAGGAAGAUAAGGAACCCAAAAAGGAAAUCAAGAAGAUCUCCAAAGACGUAAAGAAAUCAACUCCUCUGUCAGACACAAAGAAGCCAGCUGCAUUAAAACCAAAAGUAGCAAAGAAAGAAGAGUCCGCCAAGAAGGAGCCUACUGCUGCUGGGAAACUCAAGGACAAGGGGAAGGUCAAAGUCAUUAAAAAGGACAGUAAGGCCACAGAAGCAGCUGCCACAGCUGUUGGCACUGCUGCCACCACAGCUGCUGCAGUGGCAGCAGCUGGAAUAGCGGCCAGUGGUCCUGCCAAAGAACUUGAAGCUGAGAGGUCCCUUAUGUCAUCCCCUGAGGAUCUGACCAAGGACUUCGAGGAGCUAAAGGCUGAGGAGAUUGAUGUGGCCAAGGACAUCAAGCCUCAGCUGGAGCUCAUUGAAGACGAAGAGAAACUGAAGGAAACAGAGCCAGAAGAAGCCUACGUCAUCCAGAAAGAGACAGAAGUCAGCAAAGGUUCUGCUGAGUCACCUGAUGAGGGGAUCACCACCACCGAGGGGGAGGGAGAGUGUGAGCAAACCCCUGAGGAGCUGGAGCCAGUUGAGAAGCAGGGCGUGGAUGACAUUGAGAAGUUUGAAGAUGAAGGAGCUGGUUUUGAAGAAUCCUCAGAGACCGGAGACUACGAAGAGAAGGCAGAAACUGAGGAGGCUGAGGAGCCUGAAGAGGAUGGGGAAGACAAUGUGAGCGGAAGUGCCUCUAAGCACAGCCCCACAGAAGAUGACGAAAGUGCAAAGGCUGAGGCAGACGUACACAUCAAGGAGAAGAGGGAGUCUGUGGCCAGUGGUGACGACCGGGCAGAAGAAGACAUGGAUGAAGUGCUUGAGAAAGGAGACGCUGAACAAUCUGAGGAGGAGGGUGAAGAGGAGGACAAAGCAGAGGAUGCCAGAGAGGAAGACUAUGAGCCCGACAGAACUGAGACUGAAGAUUAUGUGAUGGCUGUGGCUGACAAGGCCGCAGAGGCUGGAGUCACUGAGGAGCAAUAUGGAUUCUUGGGCACACCGGUCAAGCAACCUGGAGUGCAGUCUCCUGGCCGAGAACCUGCAUCUUCAAUUCAUGAUGAGACCCUACCUGGAGGCUCCGAGAGUGAGGCCACUGCUUCAGAUGAGGAGAAUCGGGAAGACCAGCCCGAGGAAUUCACUGCCACCUCUGGAUAUACUCAGUCUACCAUUGAGAUAUCUAGUGAGCCUACUCCAAUGGAUGAGAUGUCUACCCCUCGGGACGUGAUGAGUGACGAGACCAACAAUGAGGAGACAGAGUCCCCAUCUCAAGAGUUUGUAAACAUUACCAAAUACGAGUCUUCACUGUAUUCUCAGGAGUACUCCAAACCUGCUGCUGCAUCAUUCAACGGAUUGUCAGAUGGCUCAAAAACAGAUGCCACUGACGGUAAGGACUACAACGCCUCUGCCUCCACCAUAUCACCACCUUCGUCCAUGGAAGAAGACAAAUUCAGCAAGUCUGCUCUUCGUGAUGCUUACUGCACAGAAGAGAAAGAAGUGAGAGCCAGUGCCGAGUUGGAUAUCAAAGAUGUUUCAGAUGAGAGGCUUAGCCCAGCCAAGAGUCCAUCCCUGAGUUCUUCUCCACUAUCACCCAUAGAGAAGACUCCCCUGGGUGAACGGAGUGUGAAUUUCUCUCUGACACCCAAUGAGAUUAAAGUCUCUGCAGAGGGAGAGCCAACGUCAGUGUCCCCUGGAGUGACCCAAGCAGUGGUUGAAGAACAUUGUGCCAGUCCCGAGGAGAAGACCUUGGAAGUAGUCUCGCCAUCUCAGUCUGUGACAGGCAGUGCUGGCCACACGCCCUACUACCAAUCUCCCACCGAUGAGAAGACCAGUCACCUACCUACAGAAGUCACUGAAAAGCCACAGGCAGUUCCAGUGAGCUUUGAAUUCAGUGAGGCCAAAGAUGAGAAUGAGAGAGCAUCCAUAAGCCCCAUGGAUGAGCCUGUGCCUGACUCAGAGUCUCCUAUUGAGAAAGUUCUGUCUCCUUUACGCAGUCCUCCCCUUAUUGGAUCUGAGUCUGCAUAUGAAGACUUCCUAAGUGCUGAUAGCAAUGCUCUUGGCAGACGUUCGGAAAGCCCCUUUGAAGGGAAGAAUGGAAAGCAAGGCUUCCCAGACAAAGAAAGCCCAGUUUCUGACCUGACUUCCACUGGACUUUACCAAGACAAACAAGAAGAGAAAAGCACAGGCUUCAUACCCAUAAAGGAAGACUUUGGUCCAGAAAAGAAAACCAAUGAUGUUGAAAUCAUGAGUUCUCAAUCAGCUCUGGCUUUGGAUGAAAGGAAAUUGGGAGGAGAUGUAUCUCCAACACAAAUAGAUGUCAGUCAGUUUGGCUCUUUCAAAGAAGACACCAAGAUGUCCAUUUCAGAAGGCACUGUCUCAGACAAGUCAGCCACGCCUGUAGAUGAGGGUGUGGCAGAAGACACCUACUCUCACAUGGAGGGUGUGGCCUCAGUCUCCACUGCCUCUGUGGCUACAAGCUCAUUCCCAGAGCCAACCACAGAUGACGUGUCUCCUUCUCUGCAUGCUGAAGUGGGCUCUCCACAUUCCACAGAGGUUGACGACUCCCUGUCGGUUUCUGUGGUGCAAACACCUACCACUUUCCAGGAAACAGAAAUGUCUCCAUCUAAAGAAGAGUGCCCAAGGCCAAUGUCAAUUUCUCCUCCAGACUUCUCUCCUAAGACAGCCAAAUCUAGGACACCAGUUCAAGACCACCGAUCCGAACAAUCUUCGAUGUCUAUUGAAUUUGGCCAGGAAUCCCCUGAGCAUUCUCUUGCUAUGGACUUUAGUCGACAGUCUCCAGAUCACCCCACUGUGGGUGCUAGUAUGCUUCACAUCACUGAAAAUGGGCCAACUGAAGUGGACUAUAGUCCCUCUGAUAUUCAGGACUCUAGUUUGUCACAUAAGAUCCCUCCGACAGAAGAGCCAUCCUACACCCAGGAUAAUGAUCUGUCUGAGCUCAUCUCUGUGUCUCAGGUGGAGGCUUCCCCAUCCACCUCUUCUGCUCACACUCCUUCUCAGAUAGCCUCUCCUCUUCAGGAAGAUGCUCUCUCUGAUGUUGUUCCUCCCCGAGAGAUGUCUUUAUAUGCAUCACUUGCAUCCGAGAAUGUGCAGAGUCUGGAAGGAGAGAAACUCUCUCCAAAAUCUGAUAUUUCUCCACUCACUCCACAAGAGUCCUCACCUUUAUAUUCACCUGGCUUUUCAGAUUCUACCUCUGCAGCAAAAGAGAGUGCGGCAGCUCACCAAACCUCCUCUUCCCCACCGAUAGAUGCAGCAACGGCAGAGCCCUAUGGCUUCCGCUCCUCAGUGUUAUUUGAUACAAUGCAACAUCAUCUGGCCUUGAAUAGAGAUUUGACUACGUCUAGUGUGGAGAAGGACAGCGGAGGGAAGACACCCGGUGACUUUAGCUAUGCCUACCAAAAGCCCGAGAACACCACUGGAUCCCCAGAUGAAGAAGAUUAUGACUAUGAAUCUCGCGAGAAAACCAUCCGGACCCACGAUGUGGGUGAUUACUACUAUGAGAAGACAGAGAGAACCAUAAAAUCCCCAUGUGACAGUGGGUACUCCUAUGAAACCAUUGAGAAGACCAUCAAGACCCCAGAAGAUGGUGGCUACGCCUGUGAAAUUACCGAGAAAACCACCCGGACCCCUGAAGAGGGUGGGUAUUCCUAUGAGAUCAGUGAGAAGAUGACACGGACCCCUGAAGUAAGUGGCUACACCUAUGAAAAGACCGAGAGGUCCAGAAGGCUCCUGGAUGACAUUAGCAAUGGCUACGAUGACACUGAGGAUGGUGGCCACACACUUGGUGACUGUAGCUACUCCUACGAAACCACUGAGAAAAUUACCAGCUUCCCUGAGUCUGAGAGCUACUCCUAUGAGGCAACUACAAAAACGACCCGGAGUCCAGACACCUCUGCAUACUGUUACGAGACCAUGGAGAAGAUCACCAAGACCCCACAGGCAUCCACGUACUCCUAUGAGACCCCAGACCGAUGCUACACUACAGAAAAGAAGUCCCCCUCAGAGGCUCGCCAGGAUGUUGAUUUGUGUCUGGUGUCCUCCUGUGAAUUCAAGCAUCCCAAGACCGAGCUCUCGCCUUCCUUCAUUAAUCCAAGUCCUCUUGAGUGGUUUGCUGGUGAAGAGCCCACGGAAGAAUCCGAGAAGCCCCUCACUCAGUCCGGAGGAGCCCCCCCACCUUCAGGAGGAAAACAACAGGGCAGACAAUGCGACGAAACUCCACCCACCUCAGUCAGUGAGUCAGCCCCAUCCCAGACGGACUCUGAUGUCCCCCCAGAGACGGAAGAGUGCCCCUCCAUCACAGCCGAUGCCAAUAUUGAUUCUGAAGAUGAGUCAGAAACCAUCCCCACAGACAAAACCGUCACAUACAAACACAUGGACCCACCUCCAGCCCCCAUGCAAGACCGAAGCCCUUCUCCUCGCCACCCUGAUGUGUCCAUGGUGGACCCAGAGGCCUUGGCUCUUGACCAGAACCUAGGCAAGUCUCUGAAGAAGGACCUGAAGGAGAAGACCAAGACCAAGAAACCAGGCACAAAGACCAAGUCCUCUUCACCUGUCAAAAAGGGUGAUGGGAAGUCUAAGCCUUCAGCAGCUUCCCCCAAACCAGGAGCCUUGAAGGAAUCCUCUGACAAGGUAUCCAGAGUGGCUUCUCCCAAGAAGAAAGAGUCCUCGGAAAAAGCUACAAAGACCACCACCACUCCUGAGGUCAAAGCGACACGUGGAGAAGAGAAGGACAAGGAGACUAAGAACGCAGCCAAUGCCUCUGCAUCCAAAUCAGUGAAGACUGCAACAGCAGGGUCAGGAUCCACUAAGACGGCCAAGUCGUCCGCCGUGCCUCCAGGCCUCCCCGUGUACCUGGACCUAUGCUAUAUUCCCAACCACAGCAGCAGUAAGAACGUUGAUGUCGAGUUCUUCAAGAGAGUGAGGUCAUCUUACUACGUGGUGAGUGGGAACGACCCUGCCGCGGAGGAGCCCAGCCGGGCUGUCCUGGAUGCCUUGCUGGAAGGGAAGGCUCAGUGGGGAAGCAACAUGCAGGUGACUCUGAUCCCAACACAUGACUCCGAGGUGAUGAGGGAGUGGUACCAGGAGACCCAUGAGAAGCAGCAGGACCUCAACAUCAUGGUCUUAGCAAGCAGUAGUACAGUGGUCAUGCAAGACGAGUCCUUCCCUGCAUGCAAGAUAGAACUGUAGAAACCACAGCCGGCCCUCACCACAGGAUUUGAACUGUGUUUCCAGAAAUUCUUGAAUUUGAAACUACCUUUUCUAAAACGUCCAUUCAUCUAAUUAAGUCACUGAACAAUUACCUGCCAGAUGCUAUACUGUGUCACGGUGAUGCAAGUCACCGCUCAAUUUUUGCCGACCGCUAAGGGAAGUAACCAUAUUCCCACAAUAGAUUUCAAGUUACUGCAGAAUUACCUACCCCCCGUUCAUCUCUGCUGAACAUUCGGAAGCCAUGCACUCGCGCACCCAACUGACUUCUGCUAGGUAUUGGCAUUUAUCGUAGAGAGAGAAAGAGAGAGGGAAAGAGAGUCAGCGGGAGGGGAGGGAGAGAAGUGAGAGAGAGGGACAAAGAGACUGCAGGAGAGAGAGAGAGAGAGUGAGAGAGGAAGAAUCGGAAAGAAAAAGGAUGCAAGAGACAAAGGUGGAGAGUUCUGAUGAGAUGCCCAGGGAGAGGGAGUGGGCAGGAUGGGGCAUAGAGAAGACACCAGCAAUUAGGUCUGCAUUUCUCAGACCACAGCUAUUCUGUGGUCUACACAGGUGGAGUUUUCCAUUAUCAUCAGAGUCAUCAGAAAGAGUCUUAAUCUCCUAAAGCAUGUUUCUAAAGAACAGAAAGAAAGAAGCCUGUUACGAGGGCAUGAGAUUUUUCACGCCUUAAUUCAUAUGCCUUUGCUAUAAAGGCUGCACACGGCAUAAUGUAGCAAGUGUAGACCGGACAAGCGAGUGACUUGAGCCCCAUUCAGAACUCUCAGACUUUUCAAACACACGAGUAGGUUGAUCUAAGGCAUGCUCCCAGCAUUUGUCUACCUAAGUCCACACCAAGUCAACCUGCAUGCAGCAACACCCAAGUCCACCCCAGUUAACUGAAGCAAAUACCAAAGCAGUUGGGAGUACACACGGGAGACAUUUUGCCUUAGGAAGUGACUUGAAUGUACAAAGAUACCCGAUGCACUUAUUUUUUAAUGUGAGACAGCAAGUUUUUAAAGCAUCCAUGUAGGAUUGUAGAUACUCCAGGUAAAGGAGCAUGUGGGGAGGGAAAGUACCAGAAGCUCAUCUGAUUGGCCCAAUGGUUUAGUGCAGAGUCAUGCUUGGUGAACAUCACCACUUCUGAUGAACCCGUGGCCACUCAGCCAAUUAAGUUGCACCUUUCUUAGCUUCUUUAAUGCUUCAAGUUCAAGACUGAAAUGGCUUCUAUGAUCAGAACCAGGAAGACAGUGAAUCUUACGGUGGAAGAGGUUCUCAGCAAGUGUAUAGUAUCUGCCUUCCUUUGUCUUACAUUGGCUAUUUUAAUUUUCCAUUAAUUUCAACACAUGGGAACACAUGUACAGAAGUUGUUUGUUUUUGUUUUUGUUUUUAGCUACGUGAGGACUUUUCAUAGAUGAACUUUUUAACAAAUGUUUUCAUUUACAGGAAAAAGCAAAGAAAAAUUUGAAGCAAUGGUCUUUUUUUAAUUAUUAUUUUAAGUGUUUUUGUAAGACAAAAAUUGAAGUUUUUUGAGGUUCUGGCAAGAUUUGAAGUCUGAUAUUGAAGUUGUGAUAUUUAUUUAAAAACCUGUCACUACCGGAAACGGUGGUACCUCCCUUCGACUCUCAUACCGUGAAAGUGUGAGUCUGUGCUUUUUGGGAGUGAGUAGGAGGCAGGGUAGGCUACUGUUCAGGGUAUCACCCAGUGUUAUCCCCUCCUCCUUUCAAGAUUAUUCACCAUGAGGUAAAGGAGCCAAGUUCAGAAGCACCCCAGCACCAGUUUGCUUGGGGGUUUUCUUUUCUGGAAAACAUUCAGUGAAAGAAAUAAUAGAUUGAAAACAAAUGAAUUCUCAACUCCUAUGUUCACCAUGUAGAGAGUUCAACAUAACGUCCGUCGCUGUCAUCACUGAACCACAGACUUGAGACGACAGAUCAUGAGGAAAACUUUCGCCAAGUUUCAAGCAGCAGAUCCGUGUACCAGGGUUCAGAGGUGGCAAACCUCUCAGUGACAGCUGUGCUGUGCUCGGUCACACUACGUCUUCUGCAGAUCUACGGGGUAGUGAACAAGGACCUCAUUUUAUUUUCUAUGUUAGUUAUUUAUUUCAAAAUUGACAUUUUAGUUUAUUUUCGUCUGUGAAGUAUCUGUUUCGCACUGCUAUUUACUCUGAGGGUUUAAACAAUAUUUCUCCAGGGUUCCCUCACUGAGGACCCAUGCAGUCUACUUAAUGCUGUGAAUCACAUUUCCCAAAUGUUUAAUUUUUUAAAGAAAGUUAAUAUUCUAUUUUUGUUAGGUGUCUCUAGGAAUGCAGCUUUUAUUUAUUAUCCUAUUUCUUUCAAACCCGUAAAAGUGACACAUUAAAGGUACAAAAACGUCCUAUCUGAUGGAAAAGUCAUUGUGAUGAAAACGGACUUCAUUGACUGUAAGCUCCUCUGCUUCUCAUGUCAUCAGACAAGCUGAAUACACACAAGCUAGUGACUUAAUGGUAGCUGUUGGGUUGGUCCACGUAAUGCACACAAAGAGAAACAGUUUCUAGCCUUCUUGCCAAAUCCAGACCUCUGGUUGACUUUUCUUUCAUAGAAGAUGGAGAGUUAUUUUCCAGUUUUCUAGCUUAAAUUUAUUUAGCCUUUAUAUUAUUUUGUUUAAAAAAAUAUAAAUACCUUAGAAGAGCCAUAGCCAGCCUUCAGUUGUAACCACUCGACCCCAUACUUCUUAUUGUUUUUAGAGAGUCUAAUGGGGAAAAUACUUUUCAAAACUGUCACUGAUCCACUGGCUCUGAUUCCUACACAAUCUGACAGCACCCUCCUGCACCCCCUGUCCUCCAUGAUGGCUACAGAGCCGAGGACACCAGGGUAAAGUCCAUUUGCUUUAUGGGUGGUUCCUGACCUCCCAGGCACCUCUCCUACCUGUGUGGCUAAUCUGAUCUUGCUAGUUCCAUACAUACACAAUUAGUUUAGAGGUAGCCACCACAAUGGACUGCGUACAUUUGUGGUGAGAGCUUAAAACCGACACAGACUUCGAGAAGAUUUGUGCAUACGAUUCUUAAUCCAAUUGUAUAGAUUGAAUAUUUGAGUGGAAGGCGUUUCCACCCUGUUUAAAUGAUGGAAUUCUAUUGAGCUAGCACUCCUGAUCAUGACCUUUUUGGUAGUGUUUGUAAACAAAAUUCUACAGAGACUAAAUCUUAGAGAUAAUCCUCCAUUUCAAUUUUAACUAAUUCUGUCCUCUUUUUCCAAACCCCGACCCCCAUGCAUGCUUUCUCAGUCUUGUGAUGGGACUGGACACAGUGACCGACCCCUCGCCCCAAACACCAUUUUCCAUGGAAUUCAAAAGAAAAAAAUUUUUUUCUUAACGUUACAUUAUCAUAGUGAAUGGUUUCCCCAGUGUAUAUGAAUGUUUUAAGUGUUUCCAAUAGCUUAUGAAAUUUAGGAGCUUUCUAAUACUCAUUUUAUAAAUUUAAUCAUUUGCUAAUGGAAAUUUUACCACCUCCCAUUUCUGUUACAAAUCUUAGCUCCUGGAGCGGCGCUACAAUUCCAGAGUUGUUUUCCUGCACCUCCUCUGUCAUUUGUCAUAGGAGGUCCCUGCUUGGCAAUGACAUUUGUGAGUUAGGACAAUGACCUUCCUUCUCUUCUUCUUCUUCUUUUUUUUUCCUUUCAUACUUCAGAUUUAGGAGAAAACGAUUCUGUUUCCACGUGAGAGGAACUGUAAGCUUUUAUCAUUUAACCAGCUGAACAACACACCAAAAGCAGCCCAGGGGUGAGCACCGCUUUGGUAGCAAUUAGGUUUUAUUCCUCUGGUAUUAAAACUAUUCACUAUUUCAAAGAAAACAAAAACCAAAACCGGGACUUUAUGAAUUCAUUUCAAAGGCAGCAUCAAAAACUGAAAAGGAAGGAAAACAACAGCUAAUAAUCGGCUUCUCCGCAGUGUGGAGCUCCCGAAACUGGAGCCCUGGAGAAGUGGCUCUGCCGCCCGCCCGCAUUGCCACGGUCCUUGCUUUCCCGCAUGCGCCUGCAGGCAGCGUGCAGUCGUAAGCCCGGCUGUGGAGAAGCUCGCUCUCUCUCUCGUUCUGAAUGGUGUUUGUGUCGGUCUGAAGCUGUGUAUGGUAUUAUGUCUUAUCCUGCAUCACUUCCAUCCUAUCCAGUCAUAUCUAAUGUAGAAAAAUUAGUUUCCAGUGAAAGUAAUAUGUAGUGCUUUUAUGAUAUUUGUGUGCAAUAUCCCCUCUUCUAUCGAGGAUAUUUGAUGUAAAGGAAAAAAAAAACAGAAACUCAGUUCCACAAUAAAAUACAAAGUGGCAAAAGUUCACUCGUGUGUUGAGACAUC